UUUUCAAUACGAACGUUGGAAAAACAUAGCAUUAGUCCUGUAUUAUUAUUAGACCGUUGGAGGCUCAAAAAUCUUUUGAAAACAACAAAAAAAUUCAUCAAAUCCAAGAACUCUUCUUAACUCCAAACACAAAACUCCACAAGAAUUUACUGUCUAAGCAACAUUCACCAUGUCUGGGACCAAUGAAUCUCUGAUUCAAACUCAAACCCUUCAUUCUCUCUACGCCGCACUCGACCCCAAGUCCUUAAUUCUCUCACAAUUUUCAAAUUCCGAUCAGCCCCAAUUCCUUCAACUCACUACAGAUUGCUUACUCAUGGAGAGGGGUUCUCGUUACAAAGCCUAUGCUGAUCUUAGAGAAAAGAAAUUGCGAAUAAAGCACAUGAAACAAUCGAUUCUCAAAGAAGAAGAAGAAUUGGAAUUUCAAGAGGAGUUUGUUGUUACUCCGCCGAAGAAACAGGUGAAAUUUCAGGGGAGUUUCGUAACACCACCUAAGAGGGCAAAAGGGUCAUCGAUUUUGGCUCAAUCAGUGCCUGAUUUUUCAUCUGCAUUAAGGAAGGAAAAUCGAAAGCCGCCACCCACUAUGCUGCCGACUUUGAAGGAGAAGUCGGCUACCCCGCCUCCGGCUGGUUCGAAAAGUGGGAAAUUUUAUGGGAGUAUUGGAGGUAGCAAAUCGGUGAAUUCAGGGGAAAAGAGGAUUGGGGGUUUGAUGACUAGGAAGAGUUAUGCUAAUGUUGAUGAACUAAAGGGAUUGGCUUCUGUGGCAAGGAGUGCUAUUAAUGGAGAAAACAGAGUAGGAAGAACGAACAGAGUUGCUGGCAAGACUGUUCUUGGAUACAGACAAUUAUGAAUUCUUUUUUCUUGUUUUCUCUUUAGGGGGUUUUGAUUAUUUGAUUUACUCGGAAGGUAUGGCUUGGCGUAACUGUUGAUUUGCUCAAAUGGGGUGCCUUGGUAAAGUUCCAUAGAAAUAGCCUCGUGAUACAGUUCUUUUUCGAAAUCUCGCAUAUACCAAGAGUUAGUGUACUGGGGUGGUGUUAUUUUUUAUUUGCUUGAAAGAUUGGUUUUUGAUUUACUUUUUUUUUUUUUUUUUUUUUUAAAGAGGAUUGAUUUUUCAAAUUUGGCUUAGAGUUGUAUAGUUGAAGUCUAAAUCCAUGCGGACUUAUUCAUUGUAACCUACUGGGGAACUAUAGAAAGUACUUUGCUUAUGGAUUGAUUAACAUUGAAAAUCAUAAUAAUAGAUUUCUUC